GUGAAUUAUCUAUUAAAUAAUAUUAAACAUGAAUUUACAAGUGAAAUGAAUAAAGCUGAACAAAAAAAUUAAAAUGGUGUAUUGUGCCCUGUCAUCGGUUACGAUAUUCUGUUAGAAUUUAUUAUAGGUCUUUUUGCUACAUUGUAUACCUAGCUAUCUAAUGUAGACUUGAGAAUGAUGAAGUCAUUUAAGCUUAUUGUGCAUCAAUCUAGUUUUAGUGCCGAAGAUCUAAUUAUCAAUUUAAAAGAUUAUCCAGGAUUGAAAGAAAAGGAUAUAGUAGAAAUAUAUCACCCUGAAAAUGAUUAUCCUCGGUUGCUGUUACAAGUUACAAAAGUGGACUCGCCCGGAAGAGGCAGAGAUACAAUAAGUGUAGAACAUAGCAUUGCUACCACAUUCCAACUAAGAACAUUUGCUGAUGUUUAUGUUAACAUUGUGAAUGUAGCCGAUGUUGCCUUGGACUCCGUUGAACUCACAUUUAAAGACCAGUACAUGGGAAGGUCUGAAAUGUGGAGAUUGAAAAACCAUUUAGUAAGCACCUGUGUAUAUCUCAAUAAGAAGAUAGAAUACUGUGGUGGAGCCAUAAGAUGUCAGGUCUACGAAAUGUGGUCGCAGGGAGAUAGAGUAGCCUGCGGUGUCAUCACCGAAGACACCAAAAUUGUGUUCAGGUCUUCAACAUCCAUGGUGUAUCUGUUUAUUCAAAUGUCUUCGGAGAUGUGGGAUUUUGAUAUACAUGGUGACUUGUAUUUUGAAAAAGCAGUCAAUGGUUUCCUUGCUGAUCUGUUUACUAAGUGGAAGAAAAAUGGCAGCAAUCAUGAAGUUACAAUAGUCCUUUUCUCAAGAACGUUCUAUAAAGCUAAGUCAUUAGAAGAGUUUCCCCAACACAUGAAAGAGUGUCUCCAAAAGGAUUAUAGGGGGAGGUUUUAUGAGGAUUUUUAUAGAGUUGCAGUCCAAAACGACAGAUAUGAAGACUGGUCAAAUGUACUGCUUCAAUUGAGAAGACUGUUUACCGACUAUCAGAAAAUAGUGUUGCAGUACCAUGAAAGACCUAACAUGGAGAUUCCUACCGCAAUCAACUCAACAGCAGCACAAGGCAAUUUCCUUGAGGUCCUCAACAUGAGCUUAAAUGUCUUUGAAAAACACUACUUGGACAGAUGUUUCGAGAGAACCGGUCAGUUGAGUGUGGUCAUCACACCUGGGGUGGGAGUUUUCGAAGUGGACAGAGAACUGACUAACGUUACAAAGCAGAGGAUCAUCGAUAAUGGUGUAGGCAGUGACUUAGUAUGCGUUGGAGAGCAGCCUCUGCACGCUGUGCCUCUUUUAAAGUUCCACAACAAAGACAGCAAUCUUAACUCCAUAGACGAUUACUCUAUGCCCCAUUGGAUUAACUUGUCAUUCUAUUCGACGAACAAAAAGGUUGCUUACUCGAAUUUUAUACCCCGUAUCAAGUUACCUCCACGUAAGAGUCAAGAGCCUUUGAAGAAAAUGUAUGAGGAUGAUAAAGGCAAGCUCUUAAAGGAUGAUGAUUAUAUGCACAACUCGGAUCUACUCUUCGAUUAUGAUGCGUAUGACGCGCAAGUUUUUCAGCUACCUCUUGCGCAUGGGACUUGUGUACAAAGAGUAAGACAACGUACAAAGAAAACAUCAGUAGCCGGCUUAGAAACAUGCAGAAAGAGUCCCCCUGUGUCGGCGAUAAGGAAAAUGUCCGACCCCGACAUACAUCACAGCUUGAGUGAUAUCUUUUCAAAUGGUAGCAAAUACUCCGACUCGGGCACAGACUGUACGGACUGGGGCGGGGGCGGGGCCGGCGGGGGCGGGGCCACUGGGGCCGGGGGGCGCCUCUCCCCGCGCGCGACGCACAAGCCCGUCAAACGCACUGGCCGAGCUCUCAUCAACCCGUUUGAUCCCUCCCACGUCACUGUCAAACUGACGAGUAAUAGGCGCCGGUGGACUCACAUAUUCCCAAAAGGUCCGACGGGCGUGCUGAUACAGCAGCACCACUACCAGGCGCGGCCGGCGGGCGAGGCGAGCCGCGAGCGUGAGACCAACGACAACACCGUCACCACAUACAACCACAACGGCGUCUGCCAGGUCGAUGGGAACGUGAUGUCAGGUCGCAAGCGCAUGAUUAGUGCCUCUGGUGCUCUGGCCGUGUUGGGCACUUCUCUGGGCACGUCUUUGGGGACGCCCUCAACCACAAACAACGCCUCAUUAGCGCUGCUGUGGGGCGCCACUGGAGAACAGGAGUGGACUCCCGCUCUUACUACAGGUGUCGAUUGGAAGUCCCUGACUAUACCGGCCUGUCUGCCGAUAACUACGGACUAUUUCCCCGACAAGAGGUCACUGCAGAACGACUAUUUGGUGUCGGACUACAAUCUGUUGCCUGACGACGUAAACGCUGACUUCGCGAGGAACAGAGCCAUUUAUAAGGAACCGUUGAAGACCAAUGAAGUUUUCAAGGAGCUGGUUUCGCAGAGAUUGGCGCAGGGUUUCCAACUAAUAGUGGGCGUGAACGAGUCAGCGGUGACGACGCCCGGUACGCACGCGCCGCCGUCGCGCGUCGCGCCCACCACCGCGCCCGUGCCCGCCAAAUGCUACUUACUGUCGAUAGGACGAGUCUUCCACAAACUGACACUAGUGGGCUCUACCAUCACUGUCACAAGAUAUAGACCGAGACAUCCUUACCCCCCGUUCAACAUCCACUACCGGUACCGGUUCCACGCGCCGUACCACGAUACCUACGAGGUGUCAUGGGUAUCCUUCACCACAGAGAAAUUAGAGAAUUAUAACUGGAAUUACAUGGACCACUACAUCUGUACGCGCGGCGACACCGACUUCGCGCUUGUAGAGUCAUCGAAAUAUUGGCGGUUCCGCACGCUACUUCUGCCUCUCAACAACCCGGCAACCAAACAGAUACUCGAAGACGAGACCACGCACUGCGACAUCUACCUCACCCCGACCAGACAGGACUUGGACAACCUCACCGAAGGAUUCCUCAAAAUGACAGAAUCCUACUUCAAUAAAGUAAAAAGACCUAACAAGCAGCGGGUGGCGGGGGGCGUGGUGUGCGGCGUGGGGGGCGGCGGCGCGGCGGACUCGGCGCUCACUAGGCGCCGCCACUCCACCUCCAUACUCACGAAAACACAGGGCGGGUCGAGCAGCUCGCCGUUCAGGGAGCGGAUCGGCAGCACUCGCCUGCCGGACCGGCCGCGCCUCCGGAUCGAUAUGGCUGUCGCAAAGACUGUUCUGGAGCGAACUCAGUCGCAAACGGGAGAAAUGGAUGAUGGUUAUGAUGAUGGGGUAAUAGAACCAAAGUUAAAAGCAAAUGCGUCGUUAGCUGAAAUUAUAGAGCGAAUGCGACAUCCCACACUUGGCGUGGGAUUCCUACAGCAAACUGUCAGUCUUCCUUCGCACACUUUUGUGUCUGUUUACGCCAUACAGUGGCUUCAGGCGAAUAUGGAAAAUAUGACGUAUGAAAAAGCAACUAGCAUCAUGGAGAAACUUUUACAAGAGAAAAUGAUAUGCCACGCGUCGGGUGAUACCCUAAAACGCUAUGUCGUCGGCUACUACAUGUAUCACAUACUACCACAGAAGAAAGAUAAAGAACUCCACGACUACGUGAAACCCCUCGGAGACUUGCAGAGUUUCGAGAACGAGUGGAUGGAAGUGGAGGUGUUGGGGGAGCGCUCCCCCCUUUUGGAGGAGAGUUCGGGGGGGAUGGACAUAGUGGGGUGCGCCCCCACCGCCGACUGGCGGAGCAUACCCGCGUUCCUCUGUGAUAACAUAGAUCCUAGUUAUAUGCAGCAUCAUGGGAGUGAUGAUAUGCCCCUAUACAAGAACACGCACCUCGACAUAGACGUGAGCAACAAGAGCGACCGCAUAGAGUGGGGCCACGCGCGCUACCAGGCCACCUUCCGGCCGGACCAGGCGUACGAGAUGUGUAUACAGUGGGCUGUGGCCAGCGGCAAUAUUGUUUCGGAGCUGAUCGUGGGCUGGGCGCGCAAAGCCCAAACCUGCAGGCAUCAGAUGGUCCCGAUCCCUGCGGACCCGCUAGCUCUGCCGUUCACUGAGAAGUCCGACCCGCUGCGGGGACCGAUAUACGUGCCGCUCAAUGAGGAACCACUGUUGAGAGGCAAGAGUGCCUUGUUUGAAGGUUUCCCCGAAGAGACAUGGCUGGAGCGUCUCUUUCUCUUCCAAGAAGCCAUAGUGGGUCGGUUCGGGUUCAUCAAGUGCACCGUAGAGAGCACCUCGCACGCGGCCGGCGUCGGCGACCACCUUUACGUGCACGUCACGGGGAAUAUGUUCAUACUCAUACCGACUACUGUCAAGACCCAGCAGAAGGGACGGACUAAGCCGGUGAACAAGCUGAUUAAUGCUGACAGAUAUCCAGUAAUCUCAGACGUGGUGCCAAGUCCACACGAAGCGUACAUCACGAGGAGCGUCAGCGGGAAGAAUAAAGAUGAUUAUGACAGCAGCAGACGGAUGGGUUUCCUGUGGUCAUGGAAUCACAUGAUAUCGAAAAAGUUGAAGUUCUCCCAAACCCCCGCUACUGGGGACGAGGGCUUCCAGAUGAGAAUGUUGCGGGACUUCAAACACUUCUGUGCGAACCAGGAGCAGCGGCUCAGCCAGUUCUGGGACCAGUGCUGGGAGCUCAGAGAGAAAGCAAUCGGCAUUAGUUGUUAAUAUUUAUUAAUAAAGGAUUUAUUACCAA